AUGUCUGGCCCUGCUUUGAAAGUUGCCAUUACCCAGGCACAGCCUAAAUGGCUAGACCUAGCUGGGAGUGUUGAGAAAACCGUCAACCUCAUAGCUGAGGCAGCAAAGGGCGAUGCAAGGCUUGUUGCAUUCCCUGAAUGCUGGAUUCCCGGUUACCCAGGAUGGAUUUGGCAACGGCCAGUCGAUCCAAUAAUCAACACCAAGUACAUACAAAAUUCGCUAUCCGUUAACUCUGCUGAGAUGAAUACUAUCAAAUCGGCAGCAAAGGAGAACAACAUCGCAGUUGUACUUGGCUUUGUCGAAGCAAUCGAUACCCAUAGCGUCUACAUCGCCCAGGCAAUCAUCUCUCCCAAAGGUGAACUGCUGAUGCAUCGCCGAAAGAUCAAGCCUACUCACAUGGAACGUACCGUAUUCGGAGACGGCUCUGGCUCAGAUCUCACCAAUGUUGCAGAUGUUGAUUUUGGAGGCGAUAUCGGUGUUGUCAAGGUUGGAACCUUGGCUUGCUGGGAGCACGCACUGCCUUUGCUUAAGUACCACACAUAUUCGCAAAAGGAAGCGAUCCAUAUUGCUAUGUGGCCGCCAAUCGACCCUCACCCUGGUGUUGAUGCCCCGGCAUUAUGGAGUAUGAGCGCCGAGGGGUGUCAAAAUCUCAGUCAAACUCAUGCCAUCGAGGGUGGUGCCUAUGUCCUGCAUUGCACAGCCGUAUGCAAUGAGGAGGGAAUCGAGGGCAUGAAGACCAAGGGUGGGCUUCUCUUCCAGGAGCCAGGUGGUGGACACAGCGCCGCCAUUGCUCCGGAUGGCCGUAGGUUGACAAAACCGUUGGCUGAUGGCAAUCCUGCAGCCGAGGGUAUUGUUUAUGCUGAUUUGGACAUGGCGAGAGUCGUUAUGAACAAGGGCUUCAUCGAUGUGGUAGGACACUAUAGCCGCCCAGACCUCCUGUGGUUGGGAGUCGAUAAGGCUCAGAAGGGCUGCGUGGUGCCAAAGAGAGAACCCGAGCAGGAUGUUUGA